CAGCAUCACUCUCUUUAGAUCUGUAAGCACUCUCUGGUCCCUACCGUUCACAUUCUCACCAUCCAAACAGCAUCACUCUCUUUAGAUCUGAGUCUGCAAAUAAAACCUUGAAUACUUGAGUUCAGUCAGUCCAUAAGCAGUUAAGACUGAAGGGCCAUAUUUUAGCAUAUUGUACGUUUUGUAGUUUGCUGACAUUAUGGAAAAGCAGAACUCUAACAACAUGAGUGAAGCAAACUCCUUGGCUGUUGGAAAACAAGAGGGAAGUCUUGUUAAUGUUGACUUAAAAGGUGAAGGAGAACUAAUGAAGGAGAUGCAAUCUCUAAGCAUUGUCAAGAAUGUCUGUGGACUGGACAGUGACAAUGGACAUGGUGACAUGGGUCAAAUAAUGGAUGAAAGCAGGGUUCUGAAAUCUACAGCUACAGAAGAGAGUUUAAACAAUGGUAUUGAAAACAAAGACCUAAGCAAUGUGAAUAAUAGUAAUGAUUCAACUUUGAAAGCUUCAUGUGAGAAGUUAGAUGCCCAUAUUGAACAUGAUCAAAGGAAGCAUAAUGAUGGAGAUAGGGAUUAUAAAGAUCAAGAAGAAACUGACAAGACUACAGAUGGAGUUUUUGGGGAAGAACAGUUAGAGCCUAUUUUUGAUGGGACAGAGGUUCUUGAAAUGGAAUCUAACAGAGCUGAGGGAUUUGCAUGGCCUGAGAAGGCGGUGAAAAUUAAGAAUUUUGUCAAGCAGAAGAGUUUAGUUGCAGUCACCAGUUUACUUCAUCAUCUUUCUAGAAAAGGGUAUGAGGUUGAGCAUGAUGCUCCUGUUGAUGAAGAUAUAGGGGGUUCUAAUAUUGAAAGUGGUGAAGCAAUAGCGGUUUCUCCAAAAACAACAGGGAAAUCUGUUUGGAAUCCCCUAAGCUACGUUAUGCCACAUGAUAGUGAUGCUGAAAACAAAGAUGACCCAGGGGAGAAUAUCAGUAGAGAGUCACUGUUUCCUAUUGCCAUGAAAGGAAGAAUUAUAGUUUAUACAAGGUUAGGGUGCCAAGAUUGUAGAGACGUUAGGCUGUUUUUACACAGAAAAAGGCUUAGAUAUGUUGAGAUUAACAUUGAUGUCUACCCUGGUAGAAAGGCAGAGCUAGAGAAAUUCUCUGGCUCUUGUGCUAUUCCUAAGGUCUUCUUUAAUGAAAUACUAAUGGGAAACUUGAGCAAACUAAAGAGCUUAGAUGAAUCUGGCAAGCUUGCUGAGAAGAUUGAUUAUCUUAUUACUGAAGAACCAUCAUUUGAAGCUCCCUUGCCACCUCUUUCUGGUGAAGACGAUGUCUCCAGUGGGGGGCCUAUUGAUGAGCUAGCUCUAAUCGUUCAAAAAAUGAAAAGCAUUAUAGUUGUUAAAGAUCGGUUUUACAAAAUGCAUAGGUUCACAAACUGUUUUCUGGGUUCAGAAGCUGUGGACUUCCUAUCAGAGGAUCAGUACUUGGAAAGAGAAGAGGCAGUUGAAUUUGGGCGGAAGCUUGCUAGCAAACUCUUCUUUCGACAUGUCCUUGAUGAGAAUCUAUUUGAGGAUGGCAAUGGCUUAUAUCGGUUCUUGGACCAUGAUCCUAUUGUGUCAUCUCAAUGUCACAAUGUUCUGAGAGGUAUAAUCGAGUUGAAACCAAAGCCCAUCUCAGAAAUUUCAUCAAGGAUGCAAUUUUUGUCAUAUGCAAUCUUUGAAGCUUAUGCAUCAGAAGAUGGAAAACAUGUUGAUUACAGAAGUAUCCAUGGAAGUGAGGAAUUUGCAAGGUAUUUAAGAAUAGUCCAAGAACUCCAAAGAGUAGAAAUGCAAGACAUAAAAACAGAGGAGAAGCUCGCUUUCUUUAUAAAUUUAUACAAUAUGAUGGCUAUCCAUGCAACACUGAUUUUGGGUCAUCCUACUGGACCCCUGGAAAGAAGGAAGUUGCUUGGAGACUUCAAGUAUGUUAUUGGCGGGAGCACAUACUCACUCUUAGCUAUUCAAAAUGGCAUUUUGAGGUGCAAUCAAAGACCGCCAUACAAUCUUUUGAAGCCAUUUGGUGUAAAUGAUAAACGUUUACAGAUUGCCAUCCCUUAUCCAGAGCCUCUAAUUCACUUUGCCCUGGUUUGUGGUACCCGAUCUGGGCCUGCUCUUCGAUGCUACUCUCCUAGAAAUAUUGAUAAAGAACUGACGGAAGCAGCUCGGAAUUUCUUAAGAAAUGGAGGACUUAUUGUUGAUGGAAAAGCAAAAGUUGCGUAUGUCAGUAAGAUCCUCAAAUGGUAUAGUGUGGAUUUUGGCAAUAAUGAGGCAGAGUUAUUGCAGCAUGUCUCCAAUUACUUGGAACCAAGUGAUUCUGAAGUCUUGCUGCAGUUACUAGAUAAAGCUCAGUUGAAGGUGAUAUAUCAGCCUUAUGAUUGGGGUUUGAACUGUUAGGGUUAGAUUUUAGCUAUUUUCUGUGCCAUAUAAAUGCUCAUGAUGAUUCCAUAGGUAAAAAAUUUUGAAUGAGAAUAUUUGUUUUAUCAUGUUGUAAAACUGGAUAUAUACGGCAUACAACACAAAUGAACAGAUAUUUACUGA